AUUAGUUUAAAACUCACAUUUAACUGCAAGAGGUGUGAUCCAUAUUUUGUAAUUGUACAUCUAUUUUUGUACUCAACCUUUAUCUGAACUGAAAAAUGUUGAUGCGUCGUUGUUGGUUGAUGAAACCCAUCGGAUGUACCCGAUCUGGCCGGUGGCGUAAUGUUCAGGCGCAAGCGCAACGGAACACUGCAACUGCAGAGCAUGUGAUCGAUCCGGAAUGGGCCACAGCCAAACCGUACAAAUCCAUUCCCGGGCCAACGCUGUGGCAGCUGUUCCGUGGGUUUUCUAAGGGUGGCUGCUACGAUGGACUUAAUCUUAUCGAGCUGCAUAUUCGUUUGAGGCAAGAGUACGGAGAUAUUUACCGCAUACCAGCGGCCAUGGGCCGUGCCGAUGUUGUGAUGAGCUUUGCGCCGGAAGACUUCGAAAAAGUGUUCCGUACGGAAGGUCAGUAUCCGGUGCGGCGAAGCUUCGACACGAUGACGUACUACCGGCAGCAGGUUCGGCCAGAUAUUUUCGGUGAACUGGGUGGGCUGGUUACUUCACAGGGAGAAUCGUGGCAAAAGAUGAGAAGGAUUUGCAACCCGGUACUGCUGAACCCGAAGACGGUGAAGGUGUAUGUCGAGCAGAUGGAUGCUGUGAGUCUUGAGUUCAUGGAGAUUAUGGCCAAUCUCCGCGACGAAAAGAAUGAACUGCCGGCCGAUUUUAACGAAUGGUUGAGUCGAUGGGCCCUCGAGACGACUGGUGUGUUGGCGCUGGACACUAGACUGGGUGUGCUGCAUUCCACGGACUCCGGAGAAGGACAGAGGCUGGUAGAUGUUGUGAAUGAGAUCUUCUGUUUAACGUAUCAACUGGAUGUGCUACCAUCGGUCUGGAAGUACAUCAGUACUCCAAAAUUUAACAGACUUAUGAAACUGUUUGAUAAGCUUACUAAUUUAAUAUUGGAUCAAAUCGAACGAGCGAUGGUAAGAUUUGAAAAGAAUCCAACGACUGACAGCAAUCACAGCGCCCUCAAGAAGCUGUUGAGCAUUAACAAGCAUGUAGCGGUGAUCAUGGCGUUAGAUAUGAUAUUUGCCGGCAUUGAUACGACGUCAGCAGGCUCCGUUGCCAUACUGUACUGCUUGGCCAAGAAUCCCGAAAAACAGGUAAAACUACGCGCCGAACUCCGCACGAUAAUGCCAACGAAAGAUACCAGGCUAACGGCAAGCAUGAUGAGCAAUUUGCCAUAUCUUAGGGCCUGCAUCAAGGAGGGUAUGAGAAUGUUUCCCCCUGCGGCUGGGAAUUUUCGUGCCACCGGACGUGAUAUUGUGCUGCAGGGAUACCGUGUACCGAGCGAUACGGACAUUGCGAUGGGUGCACAAGUGUUGUUGAGGGAUGAAAAAUACUUUCACCGUCCGGCUGAGUUUAUUCCCGAACGGUGGCUGAACGAUCGUGACGCGUCCAUCCCGAGCGCGAAGGAGGUGAAUCCGUUCAUUUUCCUUCCGUUUGGGUUUGGUUCGCGCAGCUGCAUUGGCAAGCGGUUGGCAAUGAUGGAGAUGGAGGUGAUACUGGCCCGGUGGAUUAGACAGUUUGAGUUCCGGUGGAACUACGAGGACUAUAAGUUUCGCACGACCGUUAUCAACAUGCCGGGGUGUCCGCUGAAGUUUGAGAUCAGGGAUUUAGAGGACUAAUGUGGUGGUUAUUAAGCAGGGUCAAUUAUAUUGUUAAAUGAUCUUAUAACUUUAAUAAAAAAUUGCCAAUUUAUACGAUA